AUGCAGCCGAUCAUCCACUUCCUGCUCGUCGCUCUCCUUCUCGCCAACGCCAGCGAGUGAGUGCUCCUUGGAUGGAUUCGAAGGUUCUGGAACCUUUGUGCUGUUCCGGAGCACUGCGGGUUCCUUGGAUGAUUCUGGAUGAAUCCGAAGGUUCUCGAGCUCUGGAACCUUGUGCAUCGUGUCUCUUGAACCCUGGACUGUUCCGGAGCUAGAAAAAAAAAAACGAAUUUUCAGAGUCUCGUCGGCAGCUCCGUCUGCAGCUCCCACUGCGGCUCCCACUGCGGCUCCCACUGCGGCUCCCACUGCGGCUCCCACUGCGGCUCCCACUGCGGCUCCCACCGCGGCUCCGACCGCUGCUCCGACUGCUGCUCCGACUGCUGCUCCGACUGCUGCUCCGACUGCUGCUCCCACCGAAGCUCCGACUGCUGCUCCCACCGAAGCUCCGACCGAAGCUCCCACCGAGGCUCCGACCGAAGCUCCCACCGAGGCUCCAGCCGAAGAAACAACUACCCUCCCCGAAAUCCAAGGCCCCGAUUACAACCCAUAUACGGAGGCUCCAGUGACGUCUUCGCGCCCCGUCUUCUCGUCGACAACGAAAGCGUCGAGGCCGUCGACGCGGUCGACGCCGUCCUUGGAUUCUUCCACUUCGGAUGAAUUUUCGUCGACGCCCACUGACUCGUCGGCCUCGUUUUCGGCACUCUUGGCUCCGCUGCUCGCGCUGCUCGUGACCUUCUGA